AUGUUCGUGCCCCUCUCAGCUAUUGCAAAUCAUCACCUUUACCGUUUCGAUCGCGACUCCAUUUUCCUCUCGCUCUCUUCAUUGAAUCCACUGAACAAAAAAAACAUGCACUAUGCUAGAGGAAGGAAUUGGAGAGUGUUACCUACCGAGGAACUCCGAAGGCUCUUCAGAGCGACGAAUACGAUGAGAAAGCCAGAGAGAAAUCUUCAGAUCACUAGAUUGAAUGGUUCUGGGAGAGUUACGAUGGAGCUAAUGAAGUGGAAUCAAAAAGAAAAGAGUGCAGUGAAAAUGAAGAUUCUUUGGGAUGAGCAAAUUCCAUCUAGGUCACUCAUGUCCCUUAGCAUGCUUUGUGAAGUACCCAUCAACCGUCUUUAUAGUCAUCCAGUUACGGAUGACGUUUGA